AUGGAGGAGAAGGUGUGCGGGGUGUGCCGGCGGCAGUUUGCUGCGUACCGGUGCCCAAAGUGCGGGCUGCCGUACUGCUCUCUGGAGUGCUACCGCGGCGAAGGCCACGUGGAGUGCUCGGAACACUUCUACAAGGACCAGGUCAUGACCAGCCUCACGGAGCAGCGCGCAUCCAAGGAAGAGCGGCAGCAGAUGCGCGACAUCCUCGUUCGCCUCCGCGACGGCGAUCAACCUCUCGACACCAUCCUCACCGGUGAUGAAGAAAUAAAUGAUGAUGGGAACGACGACGACGACUUUGAUGAAGGCGAAGGCGGCAGUGACGCGCUGGACCAGCUGCGAGACCUGGUGGAGGCCGCGGGUGACCUCGACCUCAACGACCCAGACACCUGCGAGCAGCUGUGGGAGGCGCUCACCCCGGAGCAGCGGGCCCUGUUUGAGGAGCAGCUGCAGAGCGGGCUGCUUGGCUCCAGCCUCGACGUGUGGCAGCCCUGGUGGCAGCACGUGCCAGAGACCUUGCAGAGCUUCCAGCUCAUCCAAGACGCAGCCACGCAGCUCCUGGACAUUGCAGUCAUUCCAUCCGUCCCCCUCACCCUCAGACAGCUGGCAGAGGAGAGCAAGCUGCAACCAAUCUCGCAGGUGCUCAAGGGAAAGCAGCCCGCGGCGCAGGUUGUGUACAACAUGCUCAACGUCCUCCUUGCGUAUGCACACAGCCUGCGCACGUACAACGGCGACACCGCAACACACACCGUCGACAUUGUUGCCACCAUGCUGGAGACAAGCAUUGUGCUAUCGCAGGCGGCCGCCGUAAACGCCACGCGCACAGGCGCCCCUUGCACCGACGUCGCUUGA